AUGCUCCCCGACUGUCACAACCACAGCAACAAUACCACCAUCACCACUCCCAAAGCUUCUCACCAUGAUGACUCCUCUCUCGCCAACCAUCGUAGUGAUGGCACUAUUGUUGGCCCCGCUGGUCGUGCUCUCCUCGGCGCACGAGGACCACCACCGCACGCCUACUCAAGCACCGAGCCCCGCUCACCAUCAUGGCCAUUUUGCCCCAGCGCCGAGCCCUCAUCAUCAUCACAAAGCUCCGGCGCCGUCGCCGAUCCACCACCAUCAUCACAAAGCUCCAGCACCGUCGCCGAUCCACCACCAUCAUCACAAUGCUCCGGCGCCGUCGCCGAUCCAUCACCAUCACCACGCUCCGGCGCCGUCGCCGAUCCAUCACCAUCACCACGCCCCGGCGCUGUCGCCGAUCCAUCACCACGCCCCGGUGCCGUCACCGAUCCAUCACCAUCACCAUGCCCCGGCGCCUUCGCCGAUCCCCGUCACCAUCACCACGCCCCGGCGCCGUCGCCGAUCCAUCACCAUCACCACGCCCCGGCGCCAUCGCCGAUCCAUCACCAUCGUCACCACGCUCCAGCGCCGUCCCCGGUACACCUCGACGCCGACGAGGUGGACACUUAG